GGCAGGUGCCAGCAUGGUGGGGGAACUGCGCUACAGGGAGUUCCGAGUGCCCUUGGGCCCCGGCCUGCACGCCUAUCCCGACGAGCUGAUCCGCCAGCGGGUGGGCCUCGACGGCCACCCCGAGUACCAGAUCCGCUGGCUCAUCCUGCGGCGAGGGGACGACGGGGAAGCGGGCAGCAGCCAAGUGGACUGCAAGGCGGAGCACGUCCUGCUGUGGAUGUCCAACGACGAGAUCUACGCCAACUGCCACAAGAUGCUGGGGCAGGACGGCCAGGUGGUCGUCCGGCCCUCCUCGCAGGCGGCCACGGGGGAGGCUGGGACCCUGGACAAGGCUGUGCUGCUCGAGAUGGAGACGGACGUCAAGUCCCUGAUCCAGCGGGCCCUGCGGCAGCUGGAGGACUACGUGGGCUCCACGCCACCCGCGCCCCUGCUUCACACUGUCCAUGUGCUCAGCGCCUAUGCCAGCAUCGAGCCCCUCGCUGAGGUCUUCAAAGACCCCAAGGUCCUGGACUUGCUCAUUCACAUGCUGAGUAGUCCCGAUAACCAGAUUCGCUGGAGCGCAGGCCGGAUGAUACAAGCCCUGGCCUCCCACGAUGCUGGGACCCGGAAUCAGCUCCUGCUCUCUCUGAGCCAGCAAGAAGCCAUCGAGAAACACCUGGAUUUUGACAGCCGCUGUGUUCUACUGGCCCUGUUUGCACAGGCCACAGUCUCAGAACACCCCAUGUCAUUUGAGGGCAUUCAGUUCCCGCAGAUCCCAGGCAGGCUUCUCUUCACCCUGGCGAAGCGCUACCUGCUGGUCACCUCCCUCUGGGACCAGCUGAACGACAGCGUGCAACCCGGAGUCCAGAACAGCUCGUGUCCCGAGGAGCUGAGUGGUGAGAGGAGUCGGCUGGAGCUGGAGUUCAACAUGACCAUGGGCACCCUGAUCUCGGAGCUGGUGCAGGCCAUGCGCUGGGAUUGGGCCUCCAGCCGGCCCGGACCAGUGGCACCAGCCGCCAGCUCCAUCUUUCAGCCCCAGUCGGGGGAUACAGGCUUGGGGCUCGAAGCCCAGCUCCCCUUCCGGAGGUCCAGGCGGUUUCGACCCCGCACGGAGUUCGCCAGCGGCAACACCUAUGCCUUGUACGUGCGGGAGACGCUGCAGCCCGGCAUGCGUGUACGGAUGCUAGACAACUAUGAGGAGGUCAGGGCGGGCGAUGAGGGCGAGUUCCGGCAGAGCAACUACGGCGUGCCCCCUGUACAGGUGUUCUGGAUGUCUAUAGGCCGGACCUAUUGGGUCCAUUGGCAUAUGCUGGAGAUCCUGGGCUUUGAGGAAGACAUGGAGGAGGUUGAGGCGGAUGCGUACCAGGGGGCAGUGCUCGGUGGAUCUCUGGGUAUAGCCCUGCCCACAUGGCGGUGGAGGCCCAUGGCCGAGCUUUACGCGGUGCCCUUUGUGCCGCCCGAGGAGGAAGACCCUGAAGAGCACGAGCACCUGUCACAAGCCGAGUGGUGGGAGCUCCUCUUCUUCAUCAACAAGUUGGAAGGCUCCAACCAUCAGGAGGUCCUGCAGAUCCUGCAGGAGCAUCUGGACGGGGAGAUUCUGGACGAUGAGAUCCUAGCUGAGCUGGCCAUGCCCAUAGAACUGGCGCAGGACCUGCUGCUGGCCCUGCCACAGCGACUCAGUGACAACGCUCUCAGGGACCUGCUCACCUGCCGCGUCUACAGGAAAUUCGGGCUCCAGGCCCUGGCAGGGAAGCCGGUCUACCCCUCCCUGCUAGAAGUCCCGGCCCCGUUGCCAGGCUUAGCAGAUGCAGCCAGAGGUGCCCACAAACCCCUGCAGCGCCUAGCUGAGAGCUUCGGUCCAGCAGGGAAGAUCAUUCUGGAGCUGGAGCAAGUCCUGAGCUCGGAGAGGCCACCGGAGAACGAGGUCAAGCCUAUCCUGGAGCAGCUCCUUGCGCAGCCACAGCCCUUCCUGGCUCUGAUGCAGAGUCUUGACUCUCCGCCCGCCAACAAGGCCCUGCAGCUGGAUGUCCUCAAAGUCCUGCUGCGGCUGGUGGAUGUUCCCGAUGCUCCGCUGCUCCCUUGGCAUGAGGCCAUGGAAGCCUGCGUGGCCUGCCUGCGAUCCCCAGACACUGACCGAAAGGUGCUCCAGGAGCUCAUCUCCUUCCUGCACCGUCUGGCCUCCGUGAGCAAGGACUAUGCCGUGGUGCUGAACCAGCUGGGAGCCCGGGACGCCAUCUCCAAGGCCUUGGAGAAGUACCUGGGGAAACUGGAGCUGGCUCAGGAGCUGCGGGACAUGGUGUUCCAGUGUGAGAAGAAUGCCCACCUCUACCGGAAACUCACGGCCAACAUCCUGGGGGGCUGUAUCCAGAUGGUGCUGGGCCAGAUUGAGGACAACAGACGUACCUGUCGACCCAUCAACACCCCCUUCUUUGACGUCUUCCUCAGAUAUCUGUGCCAGGGUUCCAGCAUGAACAUGCAGGAAGACAAGUGCUGGAAGAAGGUGGAGGUGUCCUCCAACCCACACCGUGUUGGCAGGCUGAUUGACCGCAACCCCAAGACCUACUGGGAGUCCAAUGGCAGCGCUGGCUCCCACCACAUCACCGUUCACAUGCGCCAGAACGUGCUGGUCAGGCAGCUGAAUCUCCUUGUGACCAGUGAAGACUCUAGCUACAUGCCAGCUCGGGUGGUCGUGCUCGGGGGCGACCGUGUCAAUGCCCUGAACACGGAACUCAACUCGGUGAAUGUGCUGCCCUCUGCCAGCCGAGUGAUCCUCCUGGAGAACCUGAACCGCUUCUGGCCCGUCAUCCAGAUCCGCAUCAAACGCUGCCAGCAGGGCGGUAUCGACACACGCAUCCGGGGCCUGGAGAUCCUGGGCCCCAAGUCCACAUUCUGGCCCGUGUUCCGGGAACAGCUGUGCCAGCACACGCGCCUCUUCUACAUGGUUCGGUCGCAGGCCUGGAGCCAGGACAUCGUAGAGGACCGCAGGAGCCUCCUGCACCUGAGUUCCAGACUCACUGGGGCUCUGCGCCAUGAGCAGAGUUUUGCUGACCGCUUCCUCCCUGAUGAUGAGGCCACGCAAGCCCUGGGCAGGACCUGCUGGGAGGCGCUGGUCAGCCCCCUGGUGCAGAACAUCACCUCCCCCGAUGAGGAUGGCGUUAGCCCGCUGGGCUGGCUGCUGGACCAGUACCUGGAGUGUCGUGAGGCGGCCCACAACCCCCAGAGCCGCGCUGCAGCAUUCUCCUCACGGGUGCGCCGCCUCACCCACCUGCUGGUGCACGUGGAGUCCUUUGAGGCACCCCUAAAGGCAGCGACCGCUCCUCGACCCAAGGGCAAGACCAGAAGCCACAACUGGAGCUCCUUGGCCACACAAGGGCUUUGCAGCAGCAUCAUGAAGAAUGUGAGCCGCUGCUGGCAGGCUGUGGUGGAGGAGCAGGUCAACAGCUUCCUGACCUCACACUGGCAGGACGAUGACUUUGUGCCACGCUACUGUGAACACUUCCACAACCUACUCAAGGCCGGAGAUGAGCUGUUCGGGCCGCGUGCAGCCUUCCUGCUUGCACUGCAGAAUGGCUGUGCCAAGGCCCUGCUGAAGUUGCCCUUCCUCAGAGCUGCCCAUGUGAGUGAGCAGUUUGCCCGACACAUUGACCAGCGGAUCCAGGGCAGCCGCAUCGGCGGGGCCCGUGGGCUAGAGAUGCUGGCCCAGCUGCAGCGAUGCCUGGAGACAGUGCUCACCUUCAGCGGCCAGGAAAUCGCCCUCACCUUUGAGCACUACUACCAACACUACAUGGCGGACCGUCUCCUGGGCAUGGGCUCGAGCUGGCUGGAGGGGGCCGUGCUGGAGCAGAUCGGCCUCUGCUUCCCCAACCGCCUCCCCCAGCAGAUGCUGCGGAGUCUGAGCAUCUCCGAGGAGCUGCAGCGCCAGUUCCACAUCUACCAGCUCCAGCGGCUGGAUCAGGAGCUCCUAAAGCUGGAGGAGACGGAGAAGAAAAUGCAGGUGGGCCAUGAGGCAGGUGUCCAGGAGCUGGAGGAAAGGAAGGCGGAGGAAGCCAGGGCACUAGCAGAGGCAGCAGGCCCCGAGGAGGAGGAGGAGGAGGACGAGAAUGAGGACCUCUUCUAUGAAGGGGUGAUGCCCGACGUGUGCGUGCUGGUGCUGGCACCGCGUUGCUGGCCCGUCGCCUCCAUCUCCCGCACGCUCAACCCCAGAACCUGCCUGCCCGCCUACCUGAGGGGCACCUUGAACCGGUACUCCAACUUCUACAACAAGAGUCAGAGCUACCCGGUCCUGGAGCAGGGCCCGCCAAAGCGGUUGCAGUGGACGUGGCUGGGCCGGGCAGAGCUGCAGUUCGGGGACCAGACCCUGCACGUGUCCACCGUGCAGAUGUGGCUGCUGCUGCACCUCAAUGACCUGCCGGCCGUGUCUGUGGAGAGCCUUCGAGUGCUGUCCGGGCUCUCUCCCGACAUCCUGGACCAGGCCAUCGGGCCUCUGACAGCCUCUCGAGGUCCCCUGGACCUGCACGAGCCCAAGGAUGUCCCCGGAGGGCUGCUCAAGAUUCGAGAGGACUGGGACGAGCCCCAGCCCAGGAGGGGCAGCGUGUGGCUCAUUCCCCCUCAGACAUACCAGACAGCGGAGGAUGAGGAGGGCCGCAGCAUGGAGAAGAGAAGGAACCUCCUGAACUGCCUCAUCGUCCGCAUCCUCAAGGGCCAGGGAGCGGAGGGGCUGCAUAUUGACCGGCUGGUCUGCCUGGUACUAGAGGCCUGGCAGAAGGGCCCGUGCCCAUCCCGGGCUAUGGUCAGCAGCCUGGGGCAGGGGGCCACGUGCAGCAGCACUGACGUGCUGGCCUGUAUCCUGCACCUCCUGGGCAAGGGCACAGUGAAGCGCCAUGAGGACCGGCCGCAGAUGUUGUCCUACGCUGUCCCCGUGACGGUCUUGGAGCCGCAAACGGAGUCCCUGAACCCAGGCUCCUCGGGCCCCAACCCCCCUCUGACCUUCCAUACCCUGCAGAUCCGCUCUCGGGGUGUGCCCUACGCUUCUGGCACAAACACCCAGAGCUUCUCCACCUUCCGGUAGCUCUGGAGUGGGCUGAAGGCUGCCAGGCUGGGGCUGGCUACCAUAAUAAAAUGUCAGAAGGUGAA